UAUGGAAACGACCACGCCCUCUGGUUUAAACGCCUCUCAGUCCCACCGUCUAAGCGGGAGACGCUGCUAUCGUCCUAAAUCUGCAGGAAAAUUUACUUUAAGAAAUUCUACGGACGGUUCAGUAUUGAAGGCUAACAAUCAAGACAUCAUGACGGAAUCCGUUCCACCGCCGGUUGCACCGAAGCCGGCAAAUCGGAUACGGAUUCCCGAAUUCUUCGUUAAUGAACAGCACGGAGUGGAUCCAACAAAAAAAGACCGAACUUUUGCCGGCAGUAGAGGAGAUGUCAUGAAACCAGAAAGUCUUCAUGAUAUAAAAAUUGUUAGUCGAAAAGGAACGAUAAGAGGUGUGAAAGACCGAGUCAGAGCAGGAAUAGCCACCUUUAUCUCAGAUGGUAUUGAUAAGAGUAAGAAUUAUAGGCUGUUAGAAAAAGGUCGAAUUGUUAUGUUUACAACGAGCGUCACCAUCGUUAGAAGAACGCAUGAAAAAUGUAAAAAGGCAAGAAUGAUCCUACAAAAUCAUAUGGUUGAAUUUGAAGAGAAAGACCUGUUCAUGUCGAAAGAAUACCAGAAGGAGUUACUGGAGCGAUUAGGCACCGAUCAGGUUGUUCUACCACAAAUAUACGCUGAUGGACAACACUUAGGAUCUAGUGACGAAUUGGAAAGCAUUAACGAAACGGGAAAGCUAAGACAGAUUUUUAAACAUUUUAAGAAAAUUGAAAAGCCUUCAAAGUGUAGCGUAUGCGGAGGUUAUCGUCUAGUUCCUUGCCAAAUAUGUUCCGGUAGUAAGAAAUCCUUAAAACGGAAUCAUUUUACAGACGAACUUUGCGAUUUAAAAUGCGUUGUCUGUGAUGAAAAUGGUCUGGUUAGAUGUAAAAUUUGCGAAGAAAGCUGA